CCAACCGCGAAAAAUGAAGAACGAUUAUUUCGUACAUAUUUUUCCUGAACGGGACAUAUACAAAAGUAAAUAAAUUGUGAGUUAUUCGACUUUCGUUCGCGGCGAAGCUAAGGUUCGACAUGAGCUCCUUGAAACUCCACCUGGAUUGGGAUCUGAGCAAGAGUCGUCAUGAGGAAACGGAUGAGUUACCGCUGAUGGCGACGCCGGGGCCGGUGCUCAUCAUACUGGCGGUCUACCUGCUGUUCGUGCUGAAGGUGGGGCCCGCCCUCAUGACAAAGAGGGAGCCCUUCAAGCUCACAGGAGUACUGCUGCUGUACAACACGAUACAAGUCGUGCUGUCCAUGUACAUGGUGCAGUUGUACUUCAACGAUUUCAUGGAGAAAGGAAUAUUGCCGAAGAAAUGUUACAUGAACGAUAACCAUCAUCGGAAAGAGAUUCUGACAGGAAUAUGGAUAUAUUUCAUGGCGAAAGUAUCUGAACUAUUAGACACGGUUUUUUUCGUCUUGCGGAAGAAGUACAAUCAGAUUACCUUCCUCCAUCUGUAUCACCACUCCUGCAUGAUGAUCGGUACUUGGGCCCUGAUCAAGUACUGGCCGACUCAUACCGUCUUCUUCAUCGGUUUGCUGAACUCUCUCGUCCACGUCUUCAUGUACGCCUACUACGGUUUGGCGGCGCUUGGUCCGAAAGUCACCAAAUACAUCUUCUGGAAGAAAUACAUCACACGCUUCCAAAUGAUACAAUUCGUCAGUGUAAUACUACACUACAUAGCCGCUGUCAGAUCUUCCGACUGUCCACCGACUAGAAACAUCAUCAUUUUCAUCAUAUGCAACACGGCCUUCUUCCUCCUCCUGUUCUACAACUUCUACAGACACAGCUACAAGAAAGUCGACAAGACACAAACGAACGGCAUUCAUAAAAACCUCGAAACGAAAGAAAUCAGUGAAGAGUACAAAACUAAAUAAAUAUUUAGAUAAAUUAAUAUAUUUUACAUGAAGAUGAAGCCAACGAAAGAACUCUCAGUCGGAAUAGUAUAGUUGAUGCAACUGUGAAUUCUUUCUCCAUCUGUUUUCUUCAAGAAAACAGUCAGAUAAAAAUUGAAUAUUUCGUUGGUAGCGUAUGGAAUUGUAGUCAAAAUAUAAUAUUUUUCUAUAUUUUUGUGCAGUGUGAUUAUGAAUAGAUAUUUAAAAUUGUAAGCUGCACUAUAAUAAUCAUAGAUAAAUUAUAAUUAUUGAAAAGACAAGAAGAUCUGGGUGUAUUCUUAAAAAAAUGUUGACUUAGGUUAGGAAGUUAAAAUUAAACUGUUUUGUUUGUUCCACCAUAAUAUGGUAGAAAUUGUGUAUUAUAUAGUUUUGUAAGAAUAAAAUAGGAAUGCAACGAAUAUAUCAAGCAGUGGAGAUGAUUAAAAAUGCCUACGCAAGCGUAUCACGAUAGACAAUACAAAUUUUAACAAUAGAAUCAUAAAAAUUGUAUUCUGUUGUUAAAAAUACAAAUUUUUAACAAUAGAAUACAAAUUUUUAUCAAUAAAUAUUAACAUAAUAAGAAUAAAACAAAUUCUUGUCUAUGUCUGGAACAUUGGAAAAGCCACAGAACAGUCAAGAAAUCGCACCUUGAACAGUUGUGACUUGUACCUUGCAUUUACUAUU